AUGCCUCGCCCCUCUUCGCUCCUCGUCGUCCGCGACAACCAGUCCUGUAGUGCCUCCAUGUACACCCUCGACACCGUCGACUACCGCGACAAUGCAGAAUUCGAACCCCUCCUCACUCCAGCCACCCCAGACUACGGCGCAACUGUUCCACGAUCCCCUGGUGUCCCCUCCUCGCGAAGGGUCAUUCUCAAUGCCACCCUCAAGAUGGCCUGCAUAUUUAUCGUCAGCACCGCACUCCUCGGCGGCACCCUCUGGCUUGCACUACCAAAGCUCGAAGAGUCCGACCGGCCGAUGCUGCGGAUUCCCAAAUCCUUCCAGCAACUGCAGGACCUCAAUUUCUUGCUGAAGAAAUAUAGAGACAUCUACCCCUUCCGCAUAUUCGUCUGCUAUGUCACAACCUACCUCUUCCUCCAAGCGUUUUCGCUGCCGGGAUCCAUGUAUCUCUCCAUCCUCGGGGGAGCUGUCUGGGGAGUUGCGCGGGCGCUACCCCUAGCAUGCUGUUGCGUUGCAACAGGUGCCUCCCUGUCUUACUUGAUUUCAGCGGCGCUAGGCCCCGCCCUCCUUACCCUCCCAAAAUGGAAGGCUGUCCUCGACAAGUGGGCGGACAAGAUUAGCGCGAACAAAGAGAACAUGAUUUCAUUCCUCAUCGUUCUGCGCAUUGCGCCCCUCCCGCCGCACUGGGUAGUCAACAUCGUUUGCCCCCAUGUCGGCAUCGGGCUUGUGCCCUUCUGGAUUAGCACGGCGCUAGGUAUUCUCGGAGUCAGUGUGAUCCAUACAACGAUUGGAAGUGGGCUGGACGAGAUGACCAGCGCGGAUGAUUUCCACCUGAUCAGCUGGCGGAAUUUCUUCGGUCUCGCUGCCGUCGUCGUUGGGGUGAUGAUUCCUGUCGGGCUGCGAUACUGGUUCCGCCGCGAGGCGGCGGGCAUUGUGGACGAUGAGGAGGAGGCCAUUGAGGAUGCAUCAGACGUAAUAGUGCCCGUGCGCAAGGGCGUAGUAGUAGAUGUGUACAGCAGCGAUGAGGACGACGACGGAGAUGUUAUUCUAGAGGCAGGCCCUAGUGUAGUGUCCAACCACAGCCCUGCGAGUCUUGGUUCGCUCCCACCACCACACCGAGUCCUCCUCCUCCCCGUCCCCGUCCCCCGUCCACAUCGUCCCCGUCGUGCUGCGUGUUCGUCCACAACACCCUUGGCCAACGCGGCAGGCGUCCCCCGCUCUACCCCCGUCUCCCGCCCACCGAUCGCACCUCCGUCCUCGUCUGCCAUGGCCGAUCGCACCCCCCAGUACCAAAUGCCCAACUUCAACAAUAACCUGCUCCAGCAGCAGUUACAGCAACUACAGCCCCAGCAGCACCAGGAUCAGCAUCCCAACAUGCCCAACCAGGUCCUCGACCAGACCCGAGCAUGGCAGAUGCAGAUGCAGCAGCAGCAGCAGUACAGACCCAACGCCGCGCAGGACAUGAACCACCAAAACCAGGCCCAGAUUGCGGAUUUGAUGAAGCGCCAACAGGCUAUGCGCCAGCAGCAGCAUCUGCAGCUUCAGCAUCAGCAACAACAACAGCAGCAACAUUCACAACAACAGCAGCAGCCGUUUCUGAACGCUGGGAUGGCUCAAAUGGGAGGCGGUCCUGUCAUGGGCGGAAAUGGCCAGCAGCCUUUCCACGAUGCCGCUUCUGGCCAUCCCCAGCAGAACCAUAUGCAGGGAGGGUUCCAGAAUACAGGUGGAAUGCCCAACGGCAACAUGAAUCCCGCGGCUGCUGCUGCUGCUCUCCAGGCGCGGAAUACCUUCCUGCCUCACGCACGCCAGCUCGAAUUGAUCAACAUGGCCCAGAAUCAGCAACCGCAAAACGGCCCAGUCAAUUUGAACAAGUUCAAUAAUCCGCAGCUGCAGCAACAACAACAACAACAGCACGCUCAGAUGCAGCAGCAGCAGCAAUCACAGCCGCAACAGUUUCCAAUCGGUAUGAACCAGCCAUCGCCGGGAGACGUGUUCUCAUCUCCCGGCAUGUCGAAUGAGUCUCUGCGCCGUCCGUCCCCACACAACAACCUCCAACAACCGCCCGGUAUGCCUCAAGGCGCUCCACCUCCCCCGCCAGGAAAUAUCCCCCCGGGACCAGGGGUCAGUAACGGGAGACUGAUGUUGCCCGCUACCGACCUACAGGCUCGUCUUGCUGCAAUGAGGCCGAUAUUACUCCAGCAGGAGGCCGUUAUCCAGAAUCUGAAUCAGAGAUUAAACGCUAUCAGAGGCACGGAUCCACCUGAAGAGGCCAAGAUUAUGGAGCGAAUCAAGGAGGCUAACGCUGACUACGCCAAACGAAAGGAAUAUGCGACAAGGAUCAUGAUGGGUUUGCAAUACCACCAAAAAAUGGUCGCUCAAAGCCAGGCGCAACAAAUGAACGGAAACGGUGGGAAUGGCGGACCUGGACAGGGCCAAUCGUCAUGGGCGCCUCACCCCGGUCAAGGUUUCGUUGAAGGACCGAGCGGGCAACCCAGUCGUGCUCAAAUGGGCCAAAUGGCCGGUCAACCGCCGCAUUCCCUUCAGGCGAAUCCCAUGCAGUCUAGUCCGUCCCUCCAGCAAGCUCAGUCUCAAGGCGGUCAUCCCGCCAACCAGCCCAUCGUCCCUCCUCGCUCCAUACCCACGCCCCAGCAGUCCGGCCCUCAACAGCUCCCGGGCGGUAGUCCUUUCAGCGGCAUGCCACCGAGUUCGAUGAGUGGCUCAAUUCCAUUUCCGAACAGCAACCCACAGGCUCAACCCAUAGCCGGCCCUUCUCAGCCAACGAUGACAGGCGGUAAUCCCAUGCAGAACACUUUCGGCAUAAUGCCUCUGGAUAAACACAAAUUCGACCCCAUGUUCAGGAGUUUCUGCAAUAGGCGGAACGUGAAGCCAGAUAACCGACUGCUCAGCAUCGAGAAUCGGCCGGUGGAUUUGCAUGGUCUUCACGUUCAAGUCAUGCAAGAGGGUGGGAUCCACAAGGUGGAGGCGAACGAAGUUUGGCCAAUCAUUGGCGGCCGUCUCGGGUUCAUCCAAUUCCCUGGCGACGAAAACACCCCGGCGAAAUCUGGUCCUGGCGUAGCCACUCAACUUGGCCACAUCUACAAGGAGUAUAUCGCGCCUUUCGACCAGUGGUAUAUGACAGAAGCCAGACGAGCGCAGAUGGCUGCUAGUGGCGACAUCACAGCGCGGAUGCAGGGCAAUCGAUGGACGCCAGCGCAAAUGCAAGCCGUAGUAUCCAUGUCUCAGAUGUCUGUGGCCGAACUUCAUGCUCAACACAUCGAUGAAAAGAUGAUACAAUUCGUCGAGGCGAACAGAGCCAGCCUUCAGCGGACGUACCAAGAGCAACGCUCAUUCCAAACGCGCGUGCGUAGCAGUCAAGCCCCGGGUGGACCUCAAGGCGGCGAACCCAACGGCGGACCAGUACCUAGGCCGCCUGGCAUGGGUCUUAAUCCUUCGUUCCCGACGGGCUCCCCUGCACAGAAUAACCCCGCUCUGAUGGCGGCGCGUCAGCAGAUACUCAAUCAGCAGAUGGCCCAGCAACAGCAGCAGCAUCAGCAACAACCCGGACAGCAGCAGCUCAUGGGCGGUCCCAAUGGGCUCCCUGUCAACCGGAUGCCCCAACAAGGUGGAAUGCCGCAGCAACAUGCAAGGGGUUCGGUGAAUGCUGCCAUGCCGAUCAUUCAGAAGAUGAAGCAGGAUUUCAUGGCGAACAACUUCAACAAUAUGCCCACUGUCGAAAUCCCGCCCGGACAAUUGCAUGAGUACAACCGCAUUUUGGAGCAGGUGCAUCGUCAGUGCACCGAAGCUGAUCAGCGGAUCGCCAUGAUGCUUGGUGUCCUGAAGAACGAGGAGGGAGUCAGGAAGAUGGUUCAGAUUGUGUGCACGGUACAACAACAGCGAAUGAUGCUGUCUACGACCAACUCACCUCGGUACAUGGUCUCCCUCGAGAACCUUCGCAUGAUGUCUGCGGACUUGCAGCGGAUAGUGGAGACGUCCAACCACCAAUUCCAGCAAAUGAUGCGCAGUAAUCCUCAGAUGUUUGGGUCGAACGCGAUGAUGUUGCACCAACAGCAGCAGCAGGCGCAACAACAGGCGCAACAGCAAGCGCAACAGCAACAACAGGCGCAACAACAACACCACCACCAGCAACAACAACAACAGCCACCCCAGCAGCAGCAGCAGCAAAUGCCGGGGAAUGUCAUGGUUCCUCCAAAUCCUAUGAUGGGGACCCCCGACAUGUCCCACCACAACAGAACCGCUGUCCCCCAUCGACCUCCUAGUGUUGUUGCUUCCUCUCCCCCUACGAACCAACCUCUUCGACCUCCGGUUGCGCUUCCACAUCCUCCUCCUCUCAAAAGAAAGCCACAAGCAUCGAAUGGCCCCGUCUCUACUCCUUCCCCUGCCCCUGUUCAAUCUGCGUCUACCCCAGUUGCUAGCGCACCCACUCCUACCGCAAUUGCAUCGUCACCUCCCAACUCCACGAAAUCUCCGAAGACCAAGGCAGCUCCGAAGCCCAAAGGUGGAGCAAAGCGGCGGCCUUCCAAAGCCAUCCCUCCUCCCGCCCCUCCCGCCCCUGAACCGUCUCAACCUACAGCCUCAAGUAGUAGUGGGAGUGUCAAACGACAACGCGAGGAAGAGCCCGUGGCUAGUGGAAGCUCUGCGGCCAAUGGUAGCUCGGCUGCACCUGCCAGUAGCGAACCAUCCCCACCGAAGAGGGUGAAGACAGAAUGGGAGUCGCAGCCGACCGAAGAGCAGAGGAAGAAGAGCGAGGCUAUAGAGAACAUCAAGACAGAACCUGAGGCGCAGGCGUUCUUCGAACAAAUGACUGAGCUCUUCAAGCGGGCUGUGGAGGACGACCCCCAUGAGACCCUGUCGAAUGGCGUUUCCGACGCCCUCGACCAGAUCUUCAAGGGUGUUGUUUACCCUGGUUCGGACACGAUGGAUGUGUUGGGAGAGCCAAGUGGCCUUCGCGAACCGACUCCACCGCCGAUGAUGAACGAAUCAUUCGACGAGUUCUUCGAUUUUUCUUUUGGGACAGUCGAGGAUGAGGACACGAAAGCACCGACACCUGAUCUGGUCUCAUCGUCGUCGACGAACCCGAGCCCAGAAUCAAAUCAUGAAGCCGAGGGGGCGCACCAUGUCCCGGCUUCAUCCUCAUCCUCGACGGCCGACAUUAAAACCGAAGAAUUGACAGACAUGCUGCGCCUGGGUCCGUGGAAGGAGAUUGAUGGCGGCGAGGCAACGUACUACCAGACGAGCGAUUGGAAAUGGGACAGUCCAAUGACAUCGACUGACCCUUGGGCGAUUUUUAAUUCAUAA